CUGUUUUUUCCCAAUGUGAGUAUAACUGUGAGUGCCGGGACUGCUACACUGCUGUCUUCCUUGUCUAACACAACAACGAAAAAGGAAUCCCACAGAAAGCGAGGAGAUGUAUCGAUCCAUCCUGUUCGCCCUGCUCGGCCUGACUCUCGGGCUGGUUAUUGGGUUUCCCACCCAGGAGGAAGAAGCCGCUGGAAAACACUGGGUGCUUAUCGUGGCCGGCUCCAACGGCUGGUACAACUACAGGCACCAGGCCGAUGCUUGCCAUGCCUACCAGAUUGUCCGCAAAAAUGGCAUCCCCGACGAGCAGAUCGUGGUUAUGAUGUACGAUGACUUGGCUCAAAAUGAGGAGAACCCCACCCCUGGGAUACUGAUCAAUAGACCAAAUGGUACUGAUGUGUACAAGGGAGUUCCUAAAGACUACACUGGGCAAGAUGUGACCCCAGAAAACUUCCUGGCAGUGCUGAAGGGUGAUGCCUCAAAAGUCAAAGGUGGCUCUGGAAAAGUGCUGAACAGUGGACCCAACGAUCAUGUGUUUGUCUACUUCACCGAUCACGGUGCACCAGGUCUUCUGGCAUUUCCUGAUAGUGAGCUCCAUGUUGAAGACCUCCAAGAAGCCAUUAAAUACAUGCACGAAAACAAGAAAUACAAAAAGAUGGUGUUCUACAUUGAAGCAUGUGAGUCUGGGUCAAUGAUGAACCACCUGCCUACUGACAUUAAUGUGUAUGCCACCACAGCAGCCAACCCUGAGGAGUCCUCUUAUGCCUGCUACUAUGAUGAGGCGAGGGACACCUACCUGGGAGACUGGUACAGCGUGAAUUGGAUGGAGGACUCUGAUGUGGAGGAUCUGACAAAAGAAUCCUUGCUGAAGCAGUUCAAGAUUGUAAAGAACCACACAACCACAAGCCACGUCCAGCAGUAUGGAAACAAGACUUUGGCCCACAUGAAACUUAUACAGUUUCAGGGUGUUUCCAAAGCAGACAGCCCAGCUGCUCCUCCGAUGAACCUGCCACGGAUUAAAAACCUGGAUCUGACCCCGAGCCCUGACGUUCCUCUAGCCAUCCUGAAGAGGAAGCUGAUGGCCUCCAAUGACAUCAGAACCGCACGGGGCCUGCUGAUGGAGAUCAGCAUCCACCUCAAGAUCAGGGAGAAGAUGGCUGACACUAUGCGCGAAGUGGUCGAGAGAGUCACCGGCAAUAAGCUCAAGGCCGGGGAGAUCCUCAACAGCAGAUCUGACCUCUCUCAGCAUCAGUGCUACAAGGCCGCAGUGAAGCACUACAAACACAACUGCUUCAACUGGAGCAAACCUGAGUAUGAAUACGCCCUGAGGCAUCUGUAUGCUCUGGUGAACCUGUGUGAGAGGGGAUACCCUGCAGAGAGCAUCCUGCAGACCAUGGACUCAGUGUGUGGCCACUAAAAGGAUUUCUGUGAAACCAUUAAAGCCUCUGGUACUUCUACUUGAGAAGAGCUGAGAACACUGAGCUUCUCUUUGCACGGCCCUGAGAAUCAAUCUAAUAUGGAAAUGACGUUAUUGUUUUAUGAACACACUAUAACUUUUUAAAAUUUUUUGAUUCUACUGAAAUUUCUUUUAUGAUGACUUGCACUGUCGCAGUGAGUGUGACGUUUUACUGCUACCAGUUUCAUUUUUAGAACAACCAUUAUAUAACAUUUGAAUUCAUGAGAUGGACUUGAAUUCAGAUUGUUUUAAGCUUUAUUUAUGGUAUUGUUAAUGGCAUACCACUGGAUGAUGAAUGUCUGUUAAACCUCAAAAGAAUUUUUCGUGACACUGUUGGGAAUAAAAUGUGAUGGAACAAAACUGACA